AUGACCUUUAACAAGUUUUCGGAAUGGAUUCGCAAUUUUCAAACUUUAAGUCCAAAUAGUACCAUUUAUCUUUGCUUCUGGAUUUUUGGUCUUAUCAAUAACAUUCUUUAUGUGGUGAUACUUUCGGCUGCAAUCGACAUAGUAGAUACUGAUAUUCCAAAAUCGUUAGUUCUAUUGGUAGAUAUAUUGCCAUCAUUAACAAUCAAGUUACUUUCACCGUUUUUCAUUCAACGAAUUCGAUAUGGAUAUAGAAUAAUAUUGUUGAUCAUCCUCAGCUGUGUUGGAAUGAUCUUAGUAUCUUUGAAGGAUCUUUGGAUUUGUCUCCUUGGUGUAGGAUUAGCCUCACUUUCUUCAGGUUUUGGUGAAGUAACUUUUCUACAACUAACACACAUGUAUAAAGAGAUAUCUUUAAAUGGUUGGUCUUCAGGAACAGGAGGUGCAGGUCUCUUCGGAAGUGCAGUCUAUUGGCUAGUAACUACAGUGUUACACAUUCCAAUUCAUAUAUCGUUGUUAUUGUUUUCUAUAUUACCCUUUGGUUUUUUGUUAUAUUUCAGACUAGGUACUUAUGUCGAAUAUCAAGCUCUUCCAAAUCCAGAGAUAACAACCAUUGAUAUUGAAGCACCGGAAUUAGAACCGGAACUGGGUGUAUUUAUUGGUGACCAUUCAAAUGAAGAAUCAAUUUCUUCUCAUGUUCUUGAGACAUUGGCAAAAUUGAAGGUAUUAGUUGUGCCAUAUAUGUUACCUCUAACAACUGUCUAUUUCUUUGAAUAUUUGAUUAAUCAGGCAGUGUCGCCAACACUAUUAUUUCCAAUAGCCACUCCUGAUGAAAAUUCAAUGUCGCAUUUAUCGUUGUUCCAUAAAUAUAGGGACUAUUAUGUUACCUAUAGUAUUCUUUAUCAAAUAGGUGUUUUCAUUUCUAGGUCGACUGCCCAUAGCUUCAGGGUCAAGAAGUUAUAUAUAUUGUCGUUCUUGCAAGCAAUCAAUCUCUUCAUUGUCUUGUUACAAUCAACGAAUUAUAUUGUGCAUCAACCAUGGUCUAUCAUGGUAUUGAUUGUGUAUGAAGGUUUAUUGGGUGGUUCUUCGUACGUCAAUACAUUCCUGAAUGUUUUAAGUAAUGUACGACCACAGGACAGGGAAUUCGCAUUGGGUUCUGUAUCAAUAGCAGAUUCCCUAGGUAUUUUAUUAGCUGCACUGGUAGGUAUGAAAUUAGAACCAACAUUGUGUCAGCAUCAAAUUAACAAUAAUAGACCAUGGUGUACAUUAGACUAA